AUGGCAACCUUCAUGAACGUUUCGACCCUUUCGACAGUCUUUGCAAGCGCUCUGCUUUCGUCCGAGUCCUUGCCAGAGCUCGUAAAGCUUAAUUCAGUACGCUUGGCAGAGGCUUAUAAUACACUGACGAGCUUCUUCGACCGUUAUGGCAUCUACUAUAUCCCUUGUCAUGCAGGUCAUUUCAUGCUGGCAAAGCUGGCCCCACAAGCGAGCAGUUGGGAUGAUGAAGCUGCACUCAUAAUUCGACUAGGUGAAGCAGGAGUGCUAGUCAGUCCAGGUCAAGCUUAUCAUGUGGUUGAAAAAGGCUGGGCGCGAGUCAGCUUCGCAGUGGAAAGGGCGACUCUGAAAGAAGCUAUAAGGAGAAUGAAAGAUCAUGUCAAAUGA